AUGUCUGACCAAACUUGGCGAAAUGCAAUAAACAACAACCCGAUACAUCACAGUAUUCGCCAAUUUCUUAACCAAUUUCCAUUGAAGACGUACCGAUCUCUACUUAGGCCACGAGAACUUGAUUGCCCAAGGUUAUAUAUAUGGGGGAGAUCAACGAAAAAUUCUUUUGACCAAGAAUGUGUAAAGUGGCAGGUUUUUUUGAAAUUUAGUAAAUGUGAUUUCGAUACCGAGAUUUCUAAUGAACCUUUAAUGUCUCCCUCAGGAAAACUUCCAUUCUUAGUAUUAACAACUGGUGAGAAUCUUGUGGAUGAUGGCAUAGAGAAAUUUAUCUCUGAUAGGUAUUCUGAACAAUUUGUAAGUUUAAGUAAUGAACAACAAGCAGAUUCACAAGCAUAUAUUGCAUUGGCAGAUACAAAGUUGCGAAAUGCCUUGCUCGCACGGCCCGAGUUAGUUGAUUCAAUGUUCGAAUGGGUUACAAUUCUGAGAAUAAUUUUUAUAUUUGCUACGAUUUCACAUAAAUUUUAUGUUAGUCAUUAUUCUAAGCCAUUAGAUAAGAUACUGUUUCAUCAGUAUAAAAAUCUAGCCAUCAAGGAAUUAUUAACAAGAAAGCAAGCGUUAAAUGGGGAAGAAAUAUAUCAAGAAGCAGCUGAAGCAUUGCAAUCAAUUUCAGUUGCCUUUGGAGAUAAUGAUUAUUUUUUUGGAAGAUUGCCUACUUUCAUUGAUGCUGUUAUUUUUUCAUAUAUUCAUGUAAUGUUGGCUAUUCAAACUAAAGAACUUAUCUCAUUGGUACAAAAGCAUUCAAAUCUCAUUGAAUUUUCAAAAAGAAUAAAUAAUGAUUAUUGUUUAUUAGAAUUUUAA